CUCUGGCUUUGUGGAUGGCCUGGCCAGGUGGGGCUGUGGCGCUCCCUGCCCAGCACAGCCCUCUUGUUCUCAGAGGGGAAGAUAGGCUGAGCAGGAGGAAAGGUUUCCACAGCACUGCACAAAUGCUGCCCCUGUGCUUCCCGAACCAGGGUCUCCACACCUCAUCCAGGCCCACAGACCCCCCGCCCCCCAUCCCUGCCCAGGCAGACAAGAGGCGGGUCCUGGCUCGCUAACUGGCAGGAGGUGCCCGUGAAGGCUGGGUGUGGGAGGCUGGGAGGUGAGAGCGGCCUCUGCCCCCAUAGCCACGUCCCUGCGCACCGCGGUCCGUGGUGGCCUUUGCCAGGGUGUGCAGUGGGCACAGCCCCCGCUCUGCUCGCCCCCGGUUCUGCUCCUGGAGGCUGAGGCGGAUAAAGGUGCUGGAGGAAGGAAGCAAGCAGGCCCUGGCCAGGGGAGUGGCUGUGGCCUCUCCUGAAACCUCAGCCCCUUGGGGUCCCACGUGGACUUUCCCCGUCUGCCGGACCUCUGGCCUGUCGUACCUUGAGAGAGUUUGGCUGAAACGUGCUCCUCCUGCUCUCCCUUCUGUCUAGAAACCUUCGCCCCACCAUGAGUCUCGAUAUCCAGUGUGAGCAGCUGAGCGACUCGCGGUGGACGGAGCUGCUGCCGCUGAUCCAGCAGUACGAGGUGGUCAGGCUGGAUGACUGUGGCCUCACGGAGGCGCGGUGCAAGGACAUCAGCUCUGCUGUCCAGGCCAACCCCUCCCUGACGGAGCUCAGCCUUCGCACCAAUAAACUGGGCGAUGCCGGCGUGCACCUGGUGCUCCAGGGCCUGCAGAGCCCCACCUGCAAGAUCCAGAAGCUUAGCCUCCAGAACUGCUGCCUGACAGAGGCCGGCUGUGGGGUCCUGCCCAGCAUGCUGCACUCGGUGCCCACCCUGCGUGAGCUGCACCUCAACGACAACCCGCUGGGGGACACGGGCCUGCAGCUACUCUGUGAGGGGCUCCUGCACCCCCAGUGCCACCUCGAGAAGCUGCAGCUGGAGUACUGCAACCUGACGGCCACCAGCUGCGGGCCUCUGGCCUCGGUGCUCAGGGCCAAGCAGGACUUCAAGGAGCUCAUGGUGAGCAACAACGACAUCGGCGAGGCAGGUGUACGGGUGCUGUGCCAGGGUCUGGCGGACUCCACCUGCCCACUGGAGACACUCAAGCUGGAGAACUGCGGCCUCACGCCAGCCAACUGCAAGGACCUCUGCGGCAUCGUGGCCUCCAAGGCUUCACUGCGCGAGCUAGACUUGGGCAGCAACAAGCUGGGUGAUGCGGGCAUCGCGGAGUUGUGCCCUGGGCUGCUGAGCCCCAGCUCCCAGCUCAAGACCCUGUGGCUCUGGGAGUGUGACAUCACUGCCGCGGGCUGCAGAGACCUGUGCCGCGUCCUCAGGGCCAAGGAGAGCCUGAAGGAGCUCAGCCUUGCCGGCAACGCGCUGGGUGACGAGGGCGCCCGGCUGCUGUGCGAGAGCCUGCUGGCGCCCCGAUGCCGGCUCGAGUCCCUGUGGGUGAAGUCCUGCAGCCUCACGGCUGCCUGCUGCCGCCACUUCAGCGCGAUGCUGGCCCACAACAGGUGUCUCCUGGAGCUGCAGGUGAGCAGCAACAAGCUAGGGGACGCCGGCAUCCAGGAGCUCUGUCAGGGCCUGGGCCAGCCCGGCAGCACGCUGCGGGUGCUCUGGCUGGGGGACUGUGACGUGAGCAACAGCGGCUGCAGCAGCCUGGCCUCGCUCCUGCUGGCCAACCGCAGCCUGCGCGAGCUGGACCUGAGCAACAACUGCUUGGGGGACCCAGGCCUCCUGCAGCUGCUGCAGACCCUCGAGCAGCCCGGCUGCGCCCUGGAGCAGCUGGUCCUCUAUGACAUCUACUGGACGCAGGCGCUGGAGGACCGCCUGCGGGCCCUGGAGGAGAGCAAGCCAGGCCUGAGACUCAUCUCCUGAGACCCUGCCCCGCUCCUGAA